GUUGUUUAUGAUCGACAUCAAAGUGGUCUCAGAGCCAUCUAUUUCGCUGUCUCGUUUACUCUACAACAUCGCGUCGUUAACUAGCUGGGAUCUCAAUUAGAGUGGAAAGGCUGUCCUGAUUAAAUGUCUUCUAUCUUAAUUCAGAUCAUCAUCUCCUGUAUUAAUUCCUCGUACUAAAUUGAAACGGCGAUGUACUUGCAAUGGCGGCCAAUGACGUGUUCCGUUCCCGCGAAUACUCGGCCUUCCGCAGUGCAGUGGCGCAGAAGAAGGUGACUGUUUCGGGGGUGGAGUGGAUCUACUACGAGGCGGGACCGAAGACUGUGGACUCCCCCAUUAUAUUCCUGCCUCCCAUUUGUGGAACCGCAGAUAUAUUCUACAAACAGGUUCUGAGUCUGUCAGCGCUCCAGUACAGGGUGAUGUCUGUUGAACUACCGGUAGUUUGGGAAAUGGAGUCAUUCUGUCAACUAUUCGGCGAGUUCCUGAAUUUCCUCAACUUCUCCAAAGUUCACAUCUUUGGAGCUUCUCUCGGUGGAUUUCUGGCUAUGAAGUUUGCUGAGUUCUCGAGUUCGUGUCCCCGUGUCAAUUCUCUAAUAUUAUGCAACUCCUUUGCUGAUACUUCUUUCUUUAAUCGAGAACAUCUGGCCAGCUCUUUCUGGCUUUGUCCAGUCAAGAUCUUGAGGAACAUCAUCUGCAAAAACGUCUAUAGCGGGGGUUCGGAAGACAUGAGCAUUGUCAGAUCUGUCUCUUUUAUGCUGAAUAGACUCAAUCAGCUUUCACAGAAGCAAUUGGCCUCGAGGCUGAAAUUAAACUGCGCUGAAAACUAUGUAAAGCCUCAUCUGGUCAAUGACCUGCCAGUUACACUUCUGGAUGUGUUUGAUGUCAACGCCCUCACUGAUCAAGUGAGAGAGAAUCUUUACAAAUGUUUUCCUGAAAGUAAGAAGGCACAUCUUAAGAGUGGAGGAAACUUUCCCUACCUAAGUCGGGCCAGUGAUGUAAACUUACACAUCCAAAUCCAUUUGAGGGAAUUUGCAAAUUCCAGAUACAGUGCUAGAAAAGGAGUUCCGUCCGAUUACGAAAUGAAACUAGAGCGAAGUCCAUUUAAAAACGAAGAAAGGAACAGUGCUGAAACAGAAGAGAGUACGAAUCAAGUUACUUCUAUUAAUGCACUGGUCAGUAGUCUGGCUUUUACAGACGUGACUUCUAGCAAUGCAGGCUUGGGCCGCUUUGAUAAUUCAUCACUUCCUAUUAUGGAUACAACGCAGUAUAUCUCGGUGCUUCAAGAGAACGACGAACCUCAUCUGGAAAAUGAGAAUGAGUAAUAGCGAACGUAUUAAUGGUUAAUUUUAGUGCGAUCAGUUUCUUCUUUGAUAAUGAUCUAAAUUGUAUAUUUUGAAGAAUGUCUAUUCAUCGUUUGACCAUAGUGUGCUGGAACCCAAUGCUUAAUUUAUUUCCUGUCACAUUAGAUUAGGUUUAUAAUUUAAUAAAUCUGUAAAAAAUUGAACUUGCUUAAUUAUUGAACCUGUGCAACUAGCAGUCUCAUUCCGACUUGGACUAGAGGUAACGCUGUUACCUUUGCACUCUACGUUCAAAUUGAAUUUUUUCCGGGAAAAAUCGAGUUUGCGGACUUUCGUUAGUCUGCCCAAGUGUUGUUGAAUUAGUUGCUACAUCAAAGAUUUUUCUUGAGCUGUAAGCAAUUUUAAUUGCGGUUGCACGUGUUGUUGAA